AUGUCAUCAAACCAGACGAUACCCAAUGAUGACACGGCCAGGCGUAAACGGGCUGGGAGAAAAUAUACGUCCAGAGCCUGCGAAGAAUGUCGCCGAAGACGAGCGAAGUGUGAUGGCACACGUCCCUCUUGCUCAAGAUGUCUCGACCGAGGCGUUCGCUGCCAAUAUUCUACUGCUGAAGAUGGGAGGCAGCCGGCUCCAAAGUCAUAUGUCGUCAUGCUGCGGAAUAGGAUAGACCUCCUAGAACAAGUUCUGAAAAAUCACGGCAUUGAUGUCGAAGCUUCUGUUGCAGAGAUUGUAGCAGAAAACGAUGUCCAAUAUCAAUCCAAGGACUCUAAUAACGGAGGUCUCUCGCCUGUGGAGGAUGAUUUAUGCGUGACAUUUGAGGGUGCUCUAACUAUAGAUGAAUCUUUGAAUUUCGACCAGGAUGGUGAGGUUCGCUACUUUGGACCAACUAGCGGCAGACUCCUCUUCCAGUCUUCAACAAAAUACUCCCCGGAAACUCAUCACGACCAGACGGAUGUUUGUGGUGCCAGCUGCUCUACAAGUACAGGAGGAACAGCAAGUUUAGUAUCUCCACAUUGUGUCAAUCAAGUUUGUGAUGAUCAGAUCGAACCAGUCGCACCAAUCAUAUCCGCCGAGCUUCAAGCUCAUUUGAUUAAUUUAUAUUUUGACUGGGAACAACCGUGGUCCCAAGUUGUGAACGAGACGUUGUUCCGCGAAAGUCUAGCUUGUGGGGGUCGAUAUUGCAGUAACCUUCUAUUGAACUGCAUCCUUGCCGUUGGCUCACGUUAUUGUGACCGAAUCGAAAUUCGAACCGACCCAAAUGAUUCUAAUACGGCGGGAAAGAUGUUUAUUCGCACGGCAGAGAAGCUGAUUCAAAAUGACCUUCGCUGGCCUAAGAUUACAACAAUUCAGUCUUUAGCGAUUAUGGGAAUAUUUUACAUCGCAAUGGGAUCUGAUGCUGCUGGUUGGCUUCACCAAGGCAUGGCUAAUCGCCUUGCAAUUGAUAUGGGACUCAAUAUGGACCCUGCAGUUCUCACUGGAACUGUCUCGCUUCCAAAAAUUGAGAUUGAGUUACGGAGACAAAUUUAUUGGGCUCUAUACUGCCACGACAAGUUGUCGGCAAGUUACACUGGAAGGAACUUUUCAAUAACAACCGCAAAGGACUCUCAGGGUGCUGUGAACAAGCCUUCUCUCCAAUGCGUAUCGGACCUUUCUUCACCGUCUGCCAACGGAAAUCCUCGAGCGGCAUCUCAGAGGGAUACAGUCCAGUUACAUCGGUCGAUGAUUGAUUUGUGCCGUAUCAUCGAGAAGGUGUUGCAGUCAUUAUGGUCCCCAAAGCCACUUACUCAAUGCGGCCAGCGCUCAGCAUUCUUUGAUUCUUGUAUCCUAGAGCUCAAAACAUGGUACUAUGACUUACCCUCCGAACUCAAGGUCGAUCGCCCAUCAGGCCUCUCACAAUUUCCCCACGCCUACACGUUGUCCAUGGUAUACCACCAAACCGUGAUGUUGCUCUGCUGCCCCUUCAUAUCCCGUUACGAACAAUUUAAAGACAAAGAAGGUGACGCAACAAGAAAGCUAGUCGAGAUGGAUCAAAACUCACCAAAAAGCAUACGUUUACAAAAAGCCCUUUCAAGUAGCAGUUCUUCAGUCCGCUCAGUUUGCAUCAUCGCACAAAAAUACAGACAAACCUUCGGCAGUUUCAAGCUGAGUCCAAUCACGGCCACUCACUGCACACUGUCAACAGCGUUGAUUAUCAUUGAGCUAUGCUGCCCUGGACAGUCUACAACGAAGCAUCAUCCGCCGGAAGAAGGCUCUUACAGCUUGUCACCGCACGCCGCUGUUGCUCUAUGCUUCCAGGUCCUAAGGGAGCUUUCCACGUCCUGGAACAUUGCCAAGCGAAUUGGAAGGAAUUUGGAGAAGCUCUACUUUGAUCGUUACGGAAACGAGCAUCUUCCAUGUCUUCCAGGAGAUGGAGAAGGCAAAACUACCUGCGAUACCGGAUGUCAGUUACUUGAUUCAACGGCUUCUUGGGAAUCUACAGUUCCAAAUCUGGAGAUCUUGGAUGAUAUUCUCAAUGCCAAGAGCUUGUUCUCUGAGAAUCCGCUUGCAUUCUAUCUUAAUCAGAAUCCCACCCUGAACAGGCCGAAUCUUCCAGGGUUUGCUACCAAUUCCUCUGUCGAUGCUCAAAAUUUUCCUGAUUCUGAUGAGCUAUUUGCGAACAAUUUGGGCUUUGCAUUUUCUUCCGAUUCUUUGCCAAGCGAUUAUAAUAUGUUUGAUACUUUGAAUCAAAUGUAUCUAGAGGAGAAGUGGUAUUAG